AUGGGAUACGUGGAUUCUCAAGUUCAUUCAUAUCACUACCAAAAUGACAGCGAAAUGAUAUUACGGUGGGUGAAAGAAACGUUUCCUCUACCGGACGAAAUCGAGAUGAAAGGGAAAUCUACCGGAGCUGGCAGUAGUGGUACUGGAACCAAUCUACCAUCCGUUCCAGCUGUUGGUUCGGGAACAAUACCAGGUGGUAAUAGUAAUACUACAAAUAUUAUAGGCGCUGGAGGAAGUUCUCAUGGACUAGUGAAUCAAUAUUGGGAUUGUUUCGAUGACGAAGAGCAAUGGACCAUGUUUCAUGGACUAAAAAUGACCUGCAAUGGUGAUUUAUAUAAAGACGGAGUUUUACUUGGCAAUAACUUUCAUGGUGGUGAUCGUGUCACUGCUAUAAAUGCAUUUUCUAAAUCUCAUAUCCCUAGCGCGGCUCCAAAUCCCCACCACAGUUCGCAUCAACAUCAAAAUCACCCUAAUCAAGGUAGCAGAUCGUCUAACUAA